AUGUCGUACUCGUAUAUGUUCAAGUACAUUAUCAUCGGUGAUACUGGCGUUGGAAAGUCCUGCCUUCUACUACAAUUUACUGAUAAACGUUUCCAACCUGUCCACGACCUCACUAUUGGUGUUGAGUUUGGGGCCCGUAUGAUUACUCUUGAUGGGAAGCAGAUUAAGCUUCAAAUUUGGGACACGGCGGGUCAGGAGACGUUUAGAUCAAUAACACGGUCGUACUACCGUGGAGCCGCUGGAGCUCUACUUGUUUAUGACAUCACCCGUCGCGAUACUUUCUUGCAUUUGACAUCAUGGCUGGAGGAUGCAAAACAGCAUUCCAGCUCGAAUAUGGUUAUAAUGCUGAUUGGCAAUAAGUCGGAUCUGGAAAGUCGUCGAGACGUGCAAAAAGAAGAAGGCGAGGCGUUUGCCCGAGAGCAUGGACUUAUUUUCCUGGAGACAUCUGCAAAGACGGCUGCAAAUGUUGAGGAAGCCUUUAUUGAAACUGCUAAAUCAAUAAACAAGAAAAUUCAAGAGGGUAUUUUGGACCUAAACAAUGAGGCUAAUGGUAUCAAAAUAGGUCCGCACAACUAUCCUUCAGGGGCCUCGGCUUCUGCUUCUAACCCGCCCAAAGGAACAUCAAGUGGCUGCUGUUAA